UUUUUAAAAAAAAAAAUAAUGAAAAAAAAAAAAUAAUGCAACCACGUGAUACCGUAUCGUAAGUUAUCGUGUCUAGAGAGCGAAUUGUAACAUUCGGUCUGAUGCGUAAAUUAAAUAAUUACAUUGUUAUCUUACCAUUGUUUUUACGGAACGAUAAUUUCCUAAUUUCCAUUUUUGUAUCUAUUGAAUUUAAAAUAUCAUAUGUUUUGUUUUUUAGCCAAUACCAUAUUAGAAAUACUUAUUCACAUAAAUUUCAAAUGUAUAAGCAUUCAGCCGAAUUAUUUUCGGGGAAUAGCAUUCUCAGGGGGGAAAAGGAAAUUUUGAUUACCAUAAAAUUCAUACAUAUAAUGAACUUUUUAGUAGUUUUUUUUUACAACCUGAUAAAUGAACACUUGACCGGAAUUCUGUUUCCGCUGGUGACACUACUUACCUAUGAUUGUCGCACAUCUGCAAUAAAAUUCAUUGGACAGACAUAACUUUACUGUCAAUCACAUGUAUAUUUAAUUAUUUGAUGCACUAUCGUUCAAUCAUCACAUGAUUUAACCCUUUUAAUGAACGCCUUAGAAACUCAGAAAUCGUUGAAGAAAUGUUAUAAAGAAACUUUAAUAAUAAUUUUUUAGCCCAUUUAAUCAGCCUCAACAUUUUACUUUUGAUUCGAUAAUUUUUUCGAUUUAUAACCAAAUUUUCGGGUAUUCAUUUGGUUUCGCUAAUCUUACCUUAAAUGAGUAGAUCUAUGAUGUCAUAAUGACGACAUAUAUGAGAAAAUUAAAUUUGGUAGAGAGCAUUUCGUCAUUAUUUCCCAGUGUCAUUUUUUUUUGAUAACUGAUAAUAAAACAAAUAUAUUUAUUAAUUUUUU